UAUUCUUCAAAUAACAGACUUUUAAUAUUUUCAGCUCGGUACUGAUGGUUUCAACUCGAAAGUUAGAGAAGCAAUGGGUGUCCAGUAUCUUUCAUGGAAGUAUAAUCAAUCUGCCGUUGUUGCCACAUUGAAACUGAAGAAGGAUGAAUCAGAAUCGAACAGUUCCGCUUGGCAAAGGUUCCUGCCGACCGGACCAAUAGCACCUUCUGCCUCUGACCGACGACACGAGCUCCUUGGUUUGGACCACCACACCCGCCUG